AUGACUAAACAGCAUCCCGCCGCCGUUCACGCCCUCGACUUUCCGGCGCACACUGCGCCGGCUGAAAAGGUCCUUGAAGCGCUUUCCGUUGAUCCCGACACUGGUCUCUCCGAAGCCGAGGUCCAGAAACGCCUCACCGAAUAUGGUCCCAACCGCAUCAAGCCCCCGCCCAAGGCGAGUCUCGGAAGAUCUUCUUCCGGCAGGUCGCCAACGCUAUGA